AUGUUCCCACUGACAGAAUUCUCACAGUAUAAGGAGCAGAGCUCAACCUGUGUGCAUUGCAUAGAUCUCAACAUGCUCAGCCAAUAUCCGCCUCGGCCCCGAUUGGCCCGGCUAGACGACAAGCAUGAAUCAUUCAACUCCUCAGCCAGCACUUCGUCUUCUUCUCCUACUACCAUGACAGAGUCUUCCCCCUCGCAGUCAAAUCCCCAGUCCCAAAAUGAGCACCCGUCAACAUGCCUCUCAACCCACAUCGAAGAAACCUUUGACCUAAAAGACCUUGAAUUGGUGAUGCACUGGUGCACAACAACCUACAAGUCCAUGGCAGGGAACCCCGCCGCCGAACGGAUAUGGCAAACAACCGUCCCCCAGCUCUCCCUCCGCUAUCCAGCCCUUCGCCAGGGCAUCCUAGCCCUCUCGGCGCUGCACCUCGCCUCAACAAGCACAUCUUCCCGACGCUGGCGAUAUCUCGACACAGCACGCUCGCACCAAGCACGAGCGCUAGCAGGCCUCCGCAUCGAAGUAGACAAAGACGCACCGGAAGAAGAAAGCCAAGCGGCUUUCGCACUAUGUUGCAUAAUGAUUGUAUUCAACUUUGGCUUCUGCCAAAUCGACAGCGAAAACGACUCAGACGAAGAACGGCCCGACGUGCUGGACGAGUUCCUCGAGGUAUUCCAGCUAACCCGGUGGCUAGUUAGCAUCAUGGUGACCUCGAAGGAACGCAUCACAACAGACGAGCUGAACCCGCUCUUCCAUCCCGACGACCCGCCCCCAACAAUGCCGAAUAUGUCUCGGCUGGUGAUUCUCUCGCUACAGCGACAAAAUGAAAUGGAAGCUAUGCGGGAUGCGACGCACGAGACGGAUGUGUAUGACUCGGCCAUUGAACAUCUCAGCCAAGCGCUCGAGCAGCUGAUGAGGGGCGGAGAGCCGAAGGUGUUUGCGUUUUGCUGGAGUUUCCGUACUCCCGCGGAGUUUUUAGAGCUGCUUGAGGCGCGUCAGCCGUUUGCGCUUGUGGUGCUGGCGCAUUAUACGGUCAUUCUGCAUCAUCUUAGGGGUUCGUGGUGGAUGGGGGAUUGGGGGAUCAGGAUUCUGCAGGAGAUUGGGGAUCUUCUUGAUCCGGAGUGGCAAGAGCUUAUUGGCUGGCCAAUUGAUGCGACGGGGUGUUUUCUUCCCAGGAGCGAGGUGCAAGUGCGAGUGAUAUCCCCGAUUGGCUUUUAA